UGAGUUUGACAGAUAGAUAGUUCAAUUCGAUAGGUCAAUCAAUUUGGAUUUUGGUUGAUUUUGGUAACGAUUAAUUUGGUACAUGUGAGAAUUUUAAAUAUUAAAUAACUCGUGUCUUAAAAUACGUGACAUUGAUAUAGUCUGAUUAUGCUUGUGCUGGCUUAGUAACGAGUUGAUUCUUCAAUCCAGAAUUGGUAAAAAGAAAAAUGGCUACAGAGUCUGAAGAAAAGGCGCUUCGCUACAGGCGAGCUCAAAGUGUAUCCAAAGCUGAGGAGAUCACUGAGACAGAGAAAAAAGUUAGAAAAUUACAACUGGAUAAGCCGGUGCACACGCCAAGGGAUUCUUUGUUCUCAUGGAGUUCGGAAUUCAACAACUUCACCGGUCUCGUCAACUGGGGCUUUUUGAUGCUGUCCGUGGGUGGCGUGCGUUUAGGACUCGAAAACUUCUUAAAAUAUGGAUUGCGUGUGAACCCCUUUGAAUGGUUCAUAGUCUUGACAGGUUACAAUGAAGGAGAUAGAAGUCAGUACCCGUCGGUUAUACUGAUAGUUUCGUUGUUUGUUUCAGUCAGCAUUGUUCCAAUUGUCAUUGGUCUUCUAGUUGAAAAGGGUAUUGCCGUUGAUUUAAUACCAGAGAAGUUAGGCGUCGGGUUACAGAUAUCUAACAUGAUAUGUAUGGUUCUUCUGCCUAUGAUAGCUCUGCAUUUUAGGGGCAAUGAUUUCAGUUUCGUUGGUAUAACUUCAGUGUGUAUGUUAUAUUUGAUAAUAUUUUUAAAACUCUGGAGCUAUACACAGACCAAUCAUUGGUGUCGCUUGGGUUUGAAGAGAAAAUACUUGGAUAACAAACUUAGGAGACAGAGUUUGUCGGCACCUAAUUGGAAUAAACUAAUUACGGCUGAACAAGAGAAGAGUAAGGAGGAUCUUAUAAACGAUACCCCGGCUGCGGCGCGCCUCACCAAGUAUCCUGAUAAUCUGAACCUGAAAGACUUGGUCUACUUCAUGUUGGCACCCACCCUUUGUUAUGAGUUGAAUUACCCCCGCACUGCACGAAUCCGGAAGAGGUUCGUAAUCAAAAGAGUAUUGGAGUUGUUCUUCGGCAUAAACCUGGUCUUGGCGCUGUUCCAACAAUGGAUGAUACCGACAAUCACCAACUCCGUGGAAACUUUCUCCAAGAUGGAUCCCAUAAGGAUCACAGAGAGAUUACUUAAGUUAGCGGUGCCAAACCAUCUCCUAUGGCUGUGUUUCUUCUACCUAAGCUUCCAUUCGUUCCUAAACCUGAUGGGUGAGCUACUCCAGUUCGCGGACCGCAAGUUCUACGCCGACUGGUGGAAUUCCAACAAUAUAUCUGUAUUCUGGAGCACUUGGAACAUGCCUGUGCAUAUGUGGGCGGUGAGGCAUGUGUACAAGCCUAUUACAGAGAUGGGAUUCAGCAAGUUUAACGCUGGAAUCGUUGUUUUUGCUAUAUCGGCGCUGUUCCAUGAGUAUUUGGUGAGCGUACCCCUACAAAUGUUCAGGAUUUGGGCAUUCCUGGGUAUGAUGGCGCAACCACCGCUUGCCAUCAUCUCUCGCACCGCCGAGCUAAGACUCGGACCUCGUUGGGGCAACAUCAUGGUCUGGAGCUCUCUAAUCCUUGGCCAGCCACUUGCCAUUAUGAUGUACUAUCACGAUUACGCCAUGCUGCAUUUUAAACCUACAUAGAAGAUGCCAUUAAGAACUUCACAUCAUUGGAUAGUCAUGAAAAAAGAGUUGUGCCACUUUUAAGAAGUCGAAUAUUCAAAAAGUCGAAUGACACAUUUGUAAUUGUGCUAUUGUCUAUAGGUUACAAAAAGUUCCUAAUUGCCUAUGGGUGUGCUUAAUCUUUAAGAAAGAAGCAAUUAAUACAUGUUAAAAGUGGUGCAAAACUUUUUUCAUAGUGUGCAAAAUUUGGGUUGUUUAGAAUGUUUUUACAAACAUUAGUCAUAGGAAUAAAUGAUUCGGUUUAUUUAGUCAAGAAAUUGCCAAAAGAUGAAAAUACAAAUUUAGCUUUUAAGACUACAAUUUUUAUAGAUUUUAUAUGUAUAAAAUGAAUUUACAGAUUUUUUAAUUUGUUGGAUAGGUGGUCGGUGUAUUAGUAUUUAGAAUGUGGGGCUAUUAAUUAGGCGUAUUUAUUUGUAGGACUCAUUAGUUCUACGUGCAACUCUUCACAGGAUUUAAAGCAUUUUUAUGAAGACUGAAUGAAUGCGCCUCCUGGGUGCUACUCAUUACAUUGUGAUAAAAGGCCAUGUCUCGAUAGAAGAAACCAGUGGAAUUCCGUAUAUUUUAUAAUGUUUUAAUAUUUGUGAACAAUUUAUACAAUGUUUUUUAUUUAUGUAUUUGUUCCAUGAUCAGUACAAUUUAAUAGUAAGAAUCAUAGUACAAUAUUUAAUUUUUGGGUAGUAGGUUUGAUGAGAGAAUGUUUUACAAUUAUUUAUUUCUGUUAUUGUACAACCAAUAAUAGUUUAAGUUUACCUAAUUUUAUUUUAAAAAUUUUAAUCACACCCUAUAAUUUGUGAAGCAUUUAAAUGAAUUUAUGAUUGGAAUUUAUAAUACUAUUUUUUAGUAUUAUACUUUAUAUAUUUUAUAUGUUUUCUACUUUUAUAAAAAUAAAGUAAUUUUGAAUAUAA